CAAACGAGCCCCCUUUUUGAAGAUGGGGUCGGGUUGGUUGGUUGUGAAAAGGGGGGGCAUCUAUAACGCGGGUGGUAGGCGGUAACGAAGAGUAUAAAGGAUUUCCCUUGUGAAAGGCAUGAGGAUGGCAAAUGCAAGACAGGCAUCUCCAAGCUGGGCUGUUUGGGGAUUUGUUGGGGGUUAGGUUUGGGGCUGGGAUGGUUGAGGGGUGAGGUGAGGUUGGAUGGUUUGAGGGGGCCAUAGGUGGAAGGUAGUUGAUAGGAUGGAGAGAAUGUUUAUUCAUGUUUAGCUUCUUCUUUUUGUGCGUCCUUUCUCCCAAGUAUUAACAAGAACAAAAAAAUAGGGGGUCAUGGGACAAGAACAUGGAGAGAGAGGCGUGCCCCAGAAUCGCUGGAGAGUCCGUGCCCGCCCUGUCCAACCCCCCCAUAUCCAAUCGUACCGACGCGAUACCACUGUCUUUCUCCUCUUUACCUAUCAACGAGCAUUCUACAGUGCGCCAGCCCAUGCACGCUGUCUCUUGUUUUCAGCCCCCUAAACUCUAACGACGGGUUUCCCUUUUCGUUUUGUCUUCCUUAACCUUUUCUCAAGCUUCACUUCUUGAGCCCGGAACGACGACGACGACGAAGAAGAGUUGCAGCAAGAGACAAACGACACUCUGCAGCGGCCAUCCAACUCCACCACAACCCAAGGGCCAUCGUCUAGUACCUAGGCUUGUUGCUGUCAGUGCCAGGCAAGAGAAGGGAAAGCGGAGAUUCCUCGACCGCCGAAACCUAGUGACCGCUAAUUAACAAUUAACGGCCCCGUUAAUUCCUCCCUUCCCACCUACUCAUGAAUGCCUUCAAGUUCAAAGGCAGACGCUCCGCCUCCAACUUGAUUCGCAUCACCCGCUAGUUGCCAGCGCCCUUUUUUUAUUUUAUUUUUUGGCAGCCAGCCAGUGCUUCUCAGCCAGCCCCUCCCAGCACAGCUCAGCACAGUGCCUUCCGCCAGUUGCGUGUUCGCCCCGGCUUCCCUAGCCCACGACGACGACGAAUACCUACCUACCAAAUAACACAGCCAGCCAACAAUCUCCCAGCACACGGUACCCGCCUCCAGCUGCGAAUACUCGCCAUCCUUUCUUCUUCAGGCGACAGCUUCCAGUAAUAACUGGAUUCUUUUCCCAACAUACUUCUUCUUUUAAUACCACAUACAAAGCUAGGGAGAGCUCAAGACCAGAAAACAACCACAUCCAAUGUCUGAGAGUUAUGAUGUUGGCACGCGAGCGUGGCAGCCCGACGCAACCGAGGGCUGGGUUGCGUCUGAGGUUGUCAAAAAGACGGUAGAUGGGGACAAAGUCAAGCUCAUCUUCCGGUUAGAAAAUGACGAGACCAAGGAACUGGAGGUCUCGCUGGAGGCCCUCCAGUCCGGCAACGACCCGUCCUUACCUCCUCUGAUGAACCCUACCAUGCUCGAAGCCAGCGAUGAUUUGACAAAUCUUUCCCAUCUCAACGAGCCUGCCGUUCUGCAGGCCAUUCGCCUUCGAUACCUCCAAAAAGAGAUCUACACAUACUCCGGUAUUGUGCUGAUAGCAACCAACCCCUUUGCUCGCGUCGAUUCCCUCUACGUACCUGGCAUGGUGCAAGUAUAUGCCGGGAAGCAGAGAGCCACACAAGCUCCUCACCUGUUUGCCAUUGCUGAGGAAGCUUUCAUGGACAUGCUGCGCGACAACAAGAACCAGACCAUCGUCGUGUCUGGUGAGUCCGGUGCUGGUAAAACUGUCAGCGCCAAGUACAUCAUGCGAUACUUCGCGACAAGACAUCCAUCAGACAGCCCGGGAUCGAGGGCAAAGAAGGGCCCAGAGGCGAUGAGCAAGACCGAAGAGGCUAUUCUGGCCACCAACCCCAUCAUGGAAGCCUUCGGUAACGCCAAGACGACGAGAAACGACAACUCCUCGCGGUUCGGAAAGUACAUUGAAAUCAUGUUCGACAAGGAAACAAAUAUUAUCGGAGCUAAGAUCAGGACAUAUUUGCUGGAACGGUCGAGAUUGGUCUUCCAGCCGCUCAAGGAGAGGAAUUAUCACAUUUUCUACCAGCUCGUGGCCGGUGUGACAGACAAGGAGCGCCAGGAGCUAGGUCUGCUGCCUAUUGAGCAGUUUGACUACCUCAACCAGGGCAACACCCCGACGAUUGACGGCGUGGACGACAAGGCGGAAUUCAAGGCGACGAAGCAGUCGCUGACGACGAUUGGUGUGAGCGAGGGCGAGCAGGCCGAGAUCUUUAAGCUGCUUGCUGGUUUGCUCCACCUCGGCAACGUCAAGAUCGGGGCGUCCAGGACGGAAAGCGUGCUCGCUGCGACGGAGCCAUCGUUGGUCAAGGCUUGCGAGAUUCUCGGUAUUGAUGCCCCCGAGUUUGCCAAGUGGAUUGUCAAGAAGCAGCUUGUCACUCGUGGCGAGAAGAUCACUUCGAACCUGUCGCAAGCUCAGGCUAUCGUUGUCAGGGAUUCCGUGGCCAAGUUCAUCUACUCUAGCUUGUUCGACUGGCUGGUGGAGAUUAUCAACAGGAGCUUGGCGACCGAGGAGGUUCUCAGCAGGGUCAAGUCGUUUAUCGGUGUGCUCGAUAUUUACGGUUUCGAACAUUUUGCCAAGAACUCGUUUGAGCAGUUCUGCAUCAACUACGCCAACGAGAAGCUGCAGCAAGAGUUCAACCAGCACGUCUUCAAGCUUGAGCAGGAGGAGUAUCUUAGGGAGAAGAUCGACUGGACCUUUAUUGAUUUCGCGGAUAACCAGCCCUGCAUCGAUUUGAUUGAGGGCAAGCUCGGUAUUCUUUCUCUCCUUGAUGAAGAAUCCAGGCUGCCUAUGGGAUCUGAUGAGCAGUUUGUCACCAAGCUCCACCACAACUAUGCUGCCGACAAGCACAAGUUCUACAAGAAGCCAAGGUUCGGCAAGUCGUCUUUUACCGUCUGCCACUAUGCCAUCGACGUCACGUAUGAGUCGGACGGUUUCAUAGAAAAGAACCGUGACACGGUUCCCGACGAACACAUGGCGGUACUGCGCGCGUCGACUAAUGCGUUCCUCGGCCAGGUGUUGGAUGCCGCGUCGGCGGUGCGGGAGAAGGACCUCGCCCAGGCAAGCUCUAAUGCGGUGAAGCCGGCGGCCGGUAGGAGAAUUGGCGUCGCCGUCAACCGCAAGCCCACUCUGGGAGGCAUCUUCAAGUCCUCGCUGAUCGAGCUCAUGACCACCAUCAACAGCACUGAUGUGCACUACAUCAGAUGUAUCAAGCCCAACGAGGCCAAGGAGGCGUGGAAGUUUGAGGGCCCCAUGGUUCUCAGCCAGCUCCGUGCCUGCGGUGUUCUCGAAACAGUCCGUAUUAGUUGUGCGGGUUACCCCACGAGGUGGACGUAUGAGGAGUUUGCGCUGCGGUACUACAUGUUGGUGCCGUCGCAGCAAUGGACCUCGGAAAUUAGGCAGAUGGCCGAUGCCAUCCUGACCAAGGCCCUCGGCGCCAACAAGGUGGCCCCGGGUAUGGACAAAUAUCAGAUGGGUCUGACCAAGAUCUUCUUCAGGGCGGGUAUGCUUGCCUUUUUGGAGAACCUGAGGACGACCCGUCUCAACGACUGCGCCAUUCUCAUUCAAAAGAACCUCAAGGCCAAGUACUACCGCAAGAAGUAUCUUGCUGCCAGGGGUGCCAUUGUCAGCUUCCAGGCUCUCUUCCGGGGCUACAGGGCCCGCAAGGAGGCUCAGGAGCUGCGGACGAUCAAGGCUGCGGUUACCAUCCAAAAGAACUGGCGUGGUUUUAAGCAGAGGAGAGAGUUCCUCGUUAUCCGCAACGAUGUCAUUCGCGCUCAGGCCGCUAUCAAGGGUUAUCUGCGCCGCAAGGAGAUCAUGGAGACCCGGGUUGGCAACGCGGUUCUUAUCAUUCAGCGCAACUGGCGCUCGAGACAACAGCUUCGUGCCUGGAGAGACUACCGCCGCAAGAUUGUCAUUGUGCAGAGCUUGUGGCGUGGCAAGACUGCUCGGAAGGAGUACAAGGUUGUCCGUGCCGAGGCUCGUGACUUGAAGCAGAUCUCUUACAAGCUGGAGAACAAGGUCGUUGAGUUGACGCAGUCUUUGGGUACCAUGAAGGCGCAGAACAAGGAGUUGAAGGUGCAGGUGGAGAACUAUGAAGGGCAGGUUGCCAUUUGGAGAAAUAGGCACAAUGCUCUGGAGGCUAGGACGAAGGAGCUGCAGACUGAGGCCAACCAGGCUGGUAUUGCGGCUGCUCGUCUGGAGGCUAUGGAGGCGGAGAUGAAGAAGCUGCAGACUAGCUUUGAGGAGUCGACGGCGAAUGUGAAGAGGAUGCAAGAGGAGGAGCGACAACUUCGGGAGAGCCUCCGCGCUACCAACGAGGAGCUUGAGGCUGCGCGCCAGCAGAGCGAGCAGUCCGAGGUUGAGAAGAACUCGCUCAGGCAACAGAUUGCUGAGCUUCAAGAGGCACUGGAGCAGGCUAGAAGAGCUGCUCCCGUCAACGGCGAGCUUGUCAACGGGAACGGACCGGCGUCUACUGCGCCGGCCGGUCUCAUCAAUCUGGUGUCGUCCAAGAAGCCCAAGAGACGGAGUGCGGGUGCAGAGCCUCGCGAGAUGGAUAGGUACAGCAUGGCCUACAACCCCCGCCCUGUCUCCAUGGCUGUUCCUGGCAUGAACCGCCAGACUACUCUUUCCGGUUCGACAUUUAUUCCCGGUAUUGAUAGCAUUGAGAUGGAGUUGGAAGGUCUCCUUGCCGAUGAGGAGGGCCUGAACCAGGAGGUCACCAUUGGCCUUAUUCGCAACCUCAAGAUCCCUUCGCCAUCCAGCAACCCUGCCCCUACCGACAAGGAGGUCCUUUUCCCUUCGUAUCUCAUCAACUUGGUGACGUCCGAGAUGUGGAACAACGGCUUCGUCAAGGAGUCGGAGCGGUUCCUUGCCAACGUCAUGCAGUCGAUUCAGCAGGAGGUGAUGAACCACGACGACGAGGAGGCUAUUAACCCCGGUGCGUUCUGGCUCUCCAACGUCCACGAGAUGCUGUCUUUUGUCUUCCUCGCCGAGGACUGGUACGAGGCCCAAAAGACGGACAACUACGAGUAUGACCGCCUGUUGGAGAUUGUCAAGCACGAUCUCGAGAGUCUCGAGUUCAACAUUUACCACACCUGGAUGAAGGUGCUCAAGAAGAAACUUAACAAGAUGAUUGUGCCCGCCAUCAUCGAGUCGCAGUCGCUGCCGGGCUUCGUCACGAAUGAAAACAACAGGUUCCUUGGCAAGCUUUUGCAGGGCAACUCUGCUCCCGCGUACAGCAUGGAUAACUUGCUGUCGCUUCUCAACAGCGUCUUCCGCGCCAUGAAGGCUUACUACCUUGAGGAUUCCAUCAUUACCCAGACCAUCACCGAGCUGCUCAGGCUUGUUGGCGUGACGGCGUUCAACGAUCUGCUCAUGCGCCGCAACUUCCUCUCUUGGAAGCGUGGUCUGCAGAUCAACUACAACAUCACCCGUAUCGAGGAGUGGUGCAAGAGCCACGACAUGCCCGAGGGGACGCUCCAGCUGGAGCACUUGAUGCAGGCGACCAAGCUGUUGCAGCUCAAGAAGGCGACGCUCAACGACAUCGAGAUCAUUCAGGACAUUUGCUGGAUGCUGUCGCCCAACCAGAUCCAGAAGCUGCUGAAUCAGUACCUGGUGGCGGAUUACGAGCAGCCGAUCAAUGGCGAGAUUAUGAAGGCGGUGGCGUCGAGGGUGACGGAGAAGAGCGAUGUGUUGCUGCUGCAGGCUGUCGAUAUGGACGACAGCGGGCCAUAUGAGAUUGCGGAGCCGAGAGUGAUUACUGCUUUGGAGACUUAUACACCGUCUUGGCUCCAAACCCCACGGUUGAAGCGCCUAGCCGAGAUUGUCUCCCAGCAGGCUAUUGCCCAGCAGGAGAAGCUCGAGUUUGGGUCGCAGGCGGGCGACUUUGACACGCACAGCAUGAAUGAUCUUCAGGAGAUGGAGGAGGGCCCGGGAUCGAUACAGGCGAGCGCCUAGGUGGCUCCUCGCUCGUUUCUGGGUUUCCAACAACAACAGCAGCCAUCUCCGGGGGGGUCGAGCCAUCAUCAUCAUCAGAGGCCGGUGAGUGUGCUGUUGAGUUCGUGGAGGAAUGGGAGUGGGAAUAAUGGACCGGUGCCACCCGCCGCCAGGAAUGUCAUGCUGAAGUCUAGGAGUAACAGCGGAUGAAGGGGGGGGUGGGAGGGGGGGUUGUUCUUGCGCAGGAACGGGGGGUGAGGUGGUUUGGUUAGUAGUUGAGAGAAGUAGGGGUGGUUGGGGUGAGUGUGAAAAUUUAUGCCACGGAUACACUACAUAUGGGGUGUGUUGUUAUAGUGGUGGGUUCAUGAGGAUAAAAUUACAAUACAUACCUUUUUACAAAGUUGAGUCGACAGUUGGGGGAUGGGGGUUGGCGUUGGAAGAUGGAUGGAUUGAUGGGUUGAUUGGUUUGGUAAAGGGAGGAAAAAUGUUAAAUAGAUAUGAUAAUUGUUGUUGGGUGUUAGACUUGUUGGAGGAGGGAAGGAGGAAGAAGAGGCUUGCUUUACUGCUGGCUGGCCCGGUUGGGGCAUUGGUUCUGUUUUUUUUUUUUUUUUUUUCUGUUUGGCCAAACAGAGGAGGGGAAGGGUGUUGUUUCUUGUAGCUAGCUGUGUGGUGUUUAGUUGUUGUGUAGGUAGUAGAAGCAAGAAGAGCAUGAAAGAUGAUUGAUGGUUUCGUGGUUUUAUUCUUGAUUUUCAAUUGAAGUGUUUGGGUGAGUGC